GCUGACCGUUGUGUCCAUCAUUAGCAGCAGCAGCAGCGUCUCCGUCACCGUCCUCCGUUCUCCGUCCAUCUGGACCGUGGAGGGUUCUAUUCACCCAGAACUGAUCUUCAGAUGGGCCCCGUCGCCUAGCGCUCACUCCCCCAGCCUCACCCACUGAGUUCACUCUGGUGCUCCGGACAUCCAGCCCGUCUGGUCCCGAUAGAGGUUUCCAUCACGCACAGCGUUCAGCGACCAACUACAGUAGAAUGGCAGCUAUUCCAGCAGGCGGUUCUCUCGUGGCGACCACUGACUACUACCGAAGGCGCAUCGGCUCUACAUCCAGUAGCAGCUCCUGUGGCAGUUCGGAGUACAGCGGAGAGGUCAUCCCUCACCAUCCAGGACUCCCCAAGCAGGACUCUGGUCAUUGGUGGUCCAGUUUCUUCUUUGGGAAGCAGCCUGGGAUGACCCCGCUGACUGAGGAGGCACAGCAGAAGGCGGGGGUUCAAGGUGCAGUGACGAAUGGUCAGAUCACCUGCGUUGCCAGGGAGAUGGUGAUGAAGCGCCAGGUGAGUGAGAGCAGCGACGCAGGAAGUCCCACCUCCUCCUGAUCCCGCUGUCUCACUCUGAUCCACGCCGCACCUCGAGGGGGGGGAAUCAAACCAACAACCAAUGACCAACGCUAGGUGACGGGACGAUGUCCCGUUAACCACCUUGUAGUUUUUUUAUAUAAUAUUAUUCAUUGUAGUUAUAGGCUGCCUUACCUGUUUUUGUUCCUGUAACCUUUUUUUAUUGACCAAGAAAAAAAAAUAAAUAAAUUUAAAAAAAAACAACAAGAUGAUGAUGCAACUGAGAAACUCCUUUUGUGUUUGUUUUCUAACAUUUGUACGGUGUUUGUAAUACUGUGGUGCACACACAUCCACAUGCCUUUGUUAAACAUUUUUCACUUUUGUCACCCUGUGAUUGCAAAUGCAAUAAAGUUAGACUCUCGCAGCCUAA